AGCAACCAUGGACCUGAGGGACACCCCGUCUUAAUCUCAGCAGAGGCCAUUAUGGAUGAGUUGGAUGUUAGGGAAGACAACGGCAAAGAAACAUCGACGAACCAGCCAGGAUACCCCCCUGCCGACACCGCUCUGUUAUACCCCCCUCCUCUGUCCCCCGACACGGUCAGCCCGCUGACUCACCUGGGGACGCUGCUGGCCGGACACGACGCACCGAGGACCGGCGGAUGGGACAGGAGACUGGACAUGGGGUUUCAAGGCUGCCAGUUGCUGGGAUCAACAAGGGAACCAGGAAGAGAAGCUCACGCCGACCAGAGCGUCACCAUCCUGCACGCCAAGGUCGCUCAGAAGUCCUACGGCAACGAGAAAAGGUUCUUCUGCCCUCCUCCAUGCGUUUACAUCAGCGGUCAUGGAUGGAGAGUCAUGCAGGACCAUCUGAAAGAGGCUGGCUAUGGAGACUCUGUAUAUCGAUUGUGUGGCUACAUGUGUCUGGACAGCUCCAGUCAGUCUCAGGCAGACACAUUCAAACUGGUCUUCGAUCAGCAGCCAAACUCCAGGAUGUUUGCCUGUGCCAAGUCCCUGUUCAUCUCUGACCAGGACAAGAGGAAGCACUUCUGCCUGCUGCUGCGACUCUUCCUGGGCAACAGACAGGAAGUGGGUUCGUUCCAGAGCAGGAUGAUCAAAGUCAUCUCCAAACCCUCCCAGAAGAGACAGUCCAUGAAGAACGCCGACCUGUGUAUCUCGUCAUGCUCCAGAGUAGCUUUGUUCAACCGUUUACGCUCGCAGACCGUCAGCACUCGUUACCUCUCGGUGGACAGAGGAGCCUUCAUAGCGAGCGCCAGACAGUGGACAGCCUUCACCAUCACCAUGGUGGAGGACCAACGUGCUGACCAAGGAGACUUUGUGCUAAGCGAGGGCUUCAUCUGUUACGGCUGUGUGGUCCAGUUAGUGUGCACCGAGUCUGGAGUCGCUCUGCCGCCCAUGGUGAUCCGGAAGGUGAACAAGCAGCACGCCAUCUUAGACGUGGAUGAGCCCGUUUCUCAGCUCCACAAGUGCGCCUUCCAGUUCAGAGACGAUCCACAUGCAUACCUGUGUUUGUCCAAUGACGCCAUCAUACAGUACCAGGCCCCGUCCGGUGUCAGAGACCCCAGCAGAGCGGUGCUGAACGAUGGGUCCUGCUGGACCAUCAUCGGGGUGGAAGCAGUGGAAUUCACCUUUAAUCAGGGCCUGGGCUGCAUUCAGACACCCGUCACUCCUUUUCCUGUUAUCACUGCGUUAGAGGUGAAUGGCGGAGGACACGUCGCCAUGCUGGAGGUCCACGGAGAAAACUUCAGCCCUCAUCUCAAAGUCUGGUUUGGAAACAGCGAGGCUGAGACCAUGUUCAAGUCUCCCAAAUCUCUGCUCUGCGUCGUUCCUGACGUCUCCGUGUUCACCGAUGGUUGGCGCUGUCUGCGGCGCAUCAUAACUGUCCCUCUUUCCCUCAUUCGAUUGGACGGCCUGAUUUAUCGCACGUCCUUCAGUUUCACCUACACCCCCGAGCUCCAGCCGCCUCCAUCCGUCCGAGGAGCAGCAGGAGGAGGAAGGAGGGAGGGAGGGAUGGACAGAGGCCAGGAGGCCGACAUCCUGUUAGAGACCAUCCAUCAGGAGUUCACCAGAGCCAACUUCCACCUCUUCAUGCAGAGUUAGCUCACCUGUCGACCGUGGCGGAGGCCUCAGGUGAAUGGAGCAAAGAAACAGAUUUUAUGCUUUUGGAUCAAUG